AUGCGCCUCGGCCUGGCUCUGCUGCUGGUCGCGCUGUUGUCAACGUAUCGCCGCAUACGGUCGCCGUCGCCCGUCGCCGCUCCCCAACGCCUCCACGUCCUCUUUAACCUGCUUCCUUCCAUCCUCUUUUUCAGAGCGGUCGACGCGCUCAACGUCACGCAGGCCUUCGACGGAACCGCCGCCGUUCUGCCGGGUCCGACCAGCAGCCACGUGCUACCACCUGUCGUACCAGAUCAGUAUACAGGCGGUCUCGUUCAGCCGACGAAGAAUUCCGAAGAAGAUGACAGUCGCGAAUACUCGUACCCAUUGGCGCCCACUCUGGAAAGUACCACCAGCGCUAUGGAGCUGUACACGGCGACGGCCGAGCCGGCGAAAAACCUCACGUCGAGCAACCUCAAGUCGGAAAACCUGGGAAAGAAAAAUCUAACUGUCGGAUAUCUAACCGCGGUCAAGGGGUCGUUGACCAGCAGACAGGGCAUGCUCGUUUCAGGAGCCAUCCAAAUGGCACUCGAUAAGGUUAACAGCGAUCCGGAUUUACUUCCGAAUGUCACGUUGGUCUUGAGAUGGGUGGAUACCAAAGGUGAAACAGUGGUAGCUACCAGAGAAAUGACCCACAUGAUUUGUGAUGGCGUUGUAGCAUUUUUUGGACCUGAAAGUACUUGUCAUGUAGAGGCUAUAGUCGCCCAAUCCAGAAAUAUACCAAUGAUAAGCUAUAAAUGCUCGGAUUCCUCUGCUUCUGAUGUUCCAACAUUUGCAAGAACAGAACCUCCUGACACUCAGGUUGUAAAAUCAGUUGUUUCGCUUAUGCUGUACUACAAAUGGAACAAAUUUGCAAUAAUCUACGAGGAAGAGUGGUCGACUGUGGCAAAGUCGCUAGUAAAAGAAGCGGAAAAACGAAACAUGACUAUAAAUUAUGAGAGGGAAACUGACGCUACUUACAAGUGUUGUUCCGAAAACCGAGAUUGUUGUAAGGCAAGCUAUUGGUACCAAUUCGUUCAAAACUCGAAGAAUUUAACGAGAAUAUAUGUGUUUCUGGGAAGCCCCAGCUCUUUGAUACACUUUAUGGAUUCGAUGCAGACCCUUAAACUGUUUGAAAACGGGGAGUACAUUGUUAUAUCCGUGGACACAAACAUCGCAUACGAAAAGGAAAUCAACAAGUACCUUUGGGAAUCCAGUAUAUUUGAUGACUACGAACGAUGCGAAGACAUUCCCGACUACCAAAGCCAUUUAAAAAGAAGCAAAUCAUUGUUCAUCGUCAUUCCCACAGCACCCACUGUAAAUUACGAAAAUUUUUCCAAAGAAGUAAGAGAAUAUGGCUCCAAACAACCCUUCAAUUUUAUUACAUCAGACUAUUUAAAAAAAUUUGAAAGAUAUGUUCCCUUAUACGCUGCGUAUCUCUACGAUUCCGUUAUUUUAUACUCAAAUGCUCUUCAUUACUUAUUGGCCGGUGAAAAAAUUUUAAAUGAAAAAACCAUUGAUAAAAUAGCCAGUAAUGGGACUAAAAUAAUAGAAACCAUUAUUAACAUCAACAAAACGUACAAAAGUGUUAUUGGAACAACGAUGAAAUUAGAUGAAAAAGGCGACUCGGAGGGAAACUUUUCCGUUUUAGCGUUUCAAAACAAAUCCUAUUCCUACGAAAAGAAGCAGUUCAACAAAAAUUUCACCUGUUCCUUUCAAAUGGUGGCGGUAGGUCAAUUCUACCAACUGCCUACGGAUGAUUUUCCAGCAUACAGGAUAAACUCAAGUUUGCCGAUAGAGUGGCCGGGUAAAGACAAACCAAACGACGAACCCAGUUGUGGUUUUAAUAAUGAACUUUGUCCGAAACCGAACACGCAUCUAAAUAGUAUUAUAGCUGCAGGAGCGCUGGGCAUAGUGUUGUUCUGCGCGUGCGUAAUAACUAUGAGCAUAUACCGGAAGUGGAAAAUUGAGCAGGAAAUAGAGGGUCUGCUGUGGAAAAUUGACAAGGACGAGAUUCAGACCUGCGUCGACAGAGAUAUCGUCUCCAGUCCAAGCAAGCAAAGUUUAAUAAGCGCAAUUUCGUACGAAUCCAGAGGCGGACAGCAAGUUUUCACGACGACCGCCCAAUACAGGGGCGUAUGGGUGCGGAUUAAAACGUUGACGUUUUCGAGGAAAAAAGACAUUUCCAGGGAGGUGAUGAAGGAGAUGAGGCUGCUCAGAGAACUCAGACACGACAACGUCAAUUCAUUCAUUGGAGCCUGCGUUGAACCCAUGUCCGUUUUACUAGUCACUGAUUAUUGUGCCAAAGGAAGUUUAUAUGAUAUUAUUGAGAAUGAGGAGUUUAAGUUGGAUAAAAUGUUUAUUGCUUCACUAGUUCAUGAUCUCGUUAAAGGCAUGUUGUAUUUACACAAUUCAAUGCUGAUUUGCCACGGUAAUUUGAAAUCAUCGAAUUGCGUUAUAACAAGUCGAUGGGUGCUACAGGUAACCGAUUUUGGUUUGGCUGAAAUGCGGCAAAGUGCAGAAAAUGAUAGUAUAGGUGAUCAUCAGUAUUUUAGAAAUUUAUUUUGGAAAGCUCCAGAAAUAUUAAGAGAACCGAAUGCUUAUAUAAAAGGUUCUCAAAAAGGUGAUAUUUACGCUUUUGCAAUUAUUGUUUAUGAAAUUAUUGGUAGACGGGGACCAUUUGGCGUGAUGGGUUACGAACCAAGAGAUAUAAUAGAUCUUGUGAAAAAGGAACCAAUCGAAGGCGAGGAACAACCGUUCAGGCCCGACAUUGACGUCCUACUCGAUUCUGAAAUAGGCUGUGACAGUUACGUUAUACAAGUAAUCAAAGAAUGCUGGGCCGAAAACCCAGACGAACGACCUGAGUUCGCUACGAUCAGAAGCAAACUCAAGAGAAUGAAAGACGGAAAAAACAAAAAUAUUAUGGACCAAAUGAUGGACAUGAUGGUUACCUAUGCGAAUCAUCUAGAAGAAUUGGUGGGGGAAAGGACCAGGUUGUUGCAUGAAGAGAAGCAAAAAACUGAAGACUUGCUUCACAGAAUGUUACCUAAGCCUGUUGCGGAAAGCCUGACGUGCGGCUACGGCGUGGAGCCCGAGGCCUUCGAGCAAGUGACCAUCUACUUCAGCGACAUCGUCGGGUUUACCGCAAUGUCGGCCGAAAGCACGCCGUUCGAGGUCGUCAAUUUCCUCAACGACUUGUACACGGUGUUCGAUCAGAUCAUCAAGGGCUACGAGGUGUACAAAGUGGAAACGAUCGGAGACGCCUACAUGGUGGUCUCCGGGCUGCCGAUUCGCAACGGGGAAAGGCACGCCGGCGAAAUCGCUUCCAUGGCGUUGGAGUUGCUGGCGGCAGUUAACAACUCGAGGAUCACGCACAGGCCCAAGGAAACGUUGAAGUUGAGGAUCGGCAUUCACACAGGGCCCGUGGUCGCUGGGGUGGUAGGCCUGACGAUGCCGCGUUACUGCCUGUUCGGCGACACCGUGAACACUGCGUCGAGAAUGGAAAGUAACGGGGAACCCCUUAAAAUACACAUAAGCGUGCAAUGCAAGGACGCUUUGGAUAAGUUGGGAGGAUACAUAAUUGAAGAGAGAGGCUUGGUGUACAUGAAGGGUAAAGGGGAGGUGUUGACGUAUUGGUUGACGGGCGCCACUGAGAUGGCGAUUCAGAAACGCGAAGUGGAGUUGGGGCAGGAUCCGCCGCUGUUCUGUCGGCCACGGAAAAGCCCGAAGUUGUACAACGAUAGCCGACAGCCGUCGAUUUGCGGCGGUUUCGGCGGCAUGAAUAGCCGACGGCAUUCGAGCGUCCCGAGAGGAACCAGUAUAGAAGUGGAAAGCACGUCUACGUUGCAAAACUCGAGCCCGGUGCCGUCGCGGCACUUAAAAGUCAACCGUCAACACAAUUUGCACGUUCCAGACGCGGUGGGCUCCAAAACGACCAUAAACACCGCGUUCGGCAGUCAGUUGAUCGAGGUGCCGGAAGAGUCGAGAAAGCCGAGGAAGAGGCGCAUGCUGAGCAGCAUCGCGUCCAGCACGGACGAGUACAACAAAAGUGCGACCGAGUACAACGCGAACCGCGUCAGGGAGUCCAAGUCGCUGGACCCGCUGCCGCUCGCGAAAAUCAAGCUGCUGGAGAUACGGCCGACGCCCGAACUGCGCAGGUCCACCAGGUCGCUGGAGAAUUGUGAUAAGUGCGGCGACGUUCAGAUAUUCGCCAUACCGGAAGACAAACUUUUGAACAAUAACUUUCCGAACGGUAACUUGUCGAGGCACGACGACGACGUUGAAGUACCUUUACUGGACCAACGUCAGCUGAACACCGCCAUUGUUAGACGGAGAGGUGGCAGCACCAUGAACGAUAGUCUGGAUAGCGACAAUCUCAAAAAAUGGCGGUCAUUGGAGUCUGUACCCGCUUCCUGUGAUCCCCACCUAAACAAAAAGAAGUCGGUGAAGAGUUGGAUAACGGAGUUCUUUAAAGGAAACGGCGUCAGGUCGAGUAAUACGUCACUGAGAAGGGCCGUUAUUAACGAGUACAACAAUCUACAGCCAGAAUCUGAGAGUAUUGUCUAG